AUGUGUGCUGGCCCCCUGGGAGGAGAGAGUGAGAGAGAGAGAGAGAGUGAGAGUAUGUCAAUGUCAAUGGCCCAAUGGCCCAUGUGGGCUUGAACUUCUUUACUCUUGAGGAUUUCAUUUACCUUUGGUGUUCGAUUUCUGGCCAUGGAUAUGCAGCAACAACUCUAGUUUAAUGACGUCACUGCUGGAGAUUAUCAUGCGAUCCAAAGCGAUUGCUAGGAAAUAUAAUCAGGGCUCUAACGGCGACGACUACGAUCCGAGUGUAGUGCGCCAUCAUCACCAUCAUCAUCACCAUCAUCUGGAUCUCAGCACGCGGGCUCCGGCCUUUGGUCCACUGCCGGAUCACACGCAACUACCCGCAGAGGACUUUUCCGCUCGCCAUCACCUGCCGCAGACGCCUGGCGCCUCCUCGGCAGCCGCCUCGCCGCCGCUGGAGCAGCAGCAGCAACAGCAACACCUGCAGCAGCAUCACCCACUAGAUCAGCAUCUGCAGCAGCAGCAGCAGCAGCAGCAGCAGCACCACCACCAGCUACAACAGCAGCGGCAGCAGCCACCGCCUCCCACGUUGCCGCUGGCUGGCGUUGCCUCCUCCAGCAUGGAGCACUUCUUCAACGAUAAGGCCCAGGCGGAGCAGCUCCUGCAGGAGUGGGCCCGCCGUCGUGAACCUGUCUGUGAUCUGGAUAUCCGUGAUACUGGCGUCUACGCCAAGACGCAUCUGCAGCGUGGCACACGCUACGGGCCCUUCCCCGUGACACUCUGCCAUCAGCCCAACGAUCCUCAGCUAGCAUGGAAGGCCCAUGCUGGACCCAACUUUAAUGGCUGGCUCGAGCCCACAUCGGAAGUGUCGACGUUGCUGAAGAAAAUUCGCUCCGUGAAGGACAACGAUUGCAUCGAAGAGGCUAAUCUACACAAUUACAUAAUUGGCAGCUGUUUGUGGUACGAAACGAAUCGGUAUAUCAAUGCAGGCAGUGAAAUGGUUGUGGAUGGCCGUCCCAAGACACCGUACCAGAUCAAUGACAACUUCAUGGCCGGCGGCGGUGUCCUGGCGGCAGCAGCAGCCGCCGCAGCAGCAGCAGCAGCGGCAGCAGUCGCCUCGGGAGCCACCAGCGGUGGGGGAAGUUCAUUACCCAGCGAUGAUCGCUCCGAUCGAGAUAAUGGUUCCCUUUACAGUGGUGACGAAUUCUCCAAAGAUAAGAAAAACUCGUCGCUAAUCAGUCAAGGCGAUAUUGAUUUCACAGACGACGAAAACGGUUUCGACAUCCGCUGUGAGGUCUGUGAUAAAGUCUAUCCGGAUUUAGAACGCUUGGACGAUCAUCUGGUGGGCGCCCAUCAUUUCAAGCAGGACGAAUUCCCAUGCAAACUCUGCUCCCAGCGCUUCAGCCAUCGUCCUUUGUUGAUCAAACACGAGGCAAUAUCCCACAAUAAUAUACGGAAAUAUUCCUGCGAGAAUUGUAGCAAGGUAUUCUGUGACCCAUCGAAUCUACAGCGGCAUAUUCGCGCCUACCACGUCGGUGCUCGCUGUCAUCCGUGUCCGGAGUGCGGCAAGACAUUUGGCACCUCGUCGGGUCUGAAGCAGCACCAGCACAUCCACUCCUCGGUGAAGCCCUUCGCCUGCGAGGUGUGCUUCAAGGCGUACACGCAGUUCUCGAAUCUGUGCCGGCACAAGCGGAUGCACGCCACCUGUCGCAUGCAGAUCAAGUGCUCCAAGUGCAACCAGAGCUUCAGCACCGUCACCUCGCUCUCGAAGCACAAGAAGUUCUGCGACUCCACGGGCUCGUACCGCAACCAGCAACCUUUGGGCCGCCACCAGCAUCCACUGAACGCCACCUCAACCUCCGGUCAGUCCGGUCAGGGACCAUCGAGCGACUCUCAGGGCGAAUCGGGAUCAUCUGCUGCUGCUGCUGCGGCUGCUGCUGCCGCCAUGACAACGCCACCAAACCCCUUCCUCAUGUUCCGCCCAGGACCGCCGUUCUUCCCAGGAUUUCCGCCUUACGGACUCCCUGGGAUCUUCCCCUCGAGCCCGCUGAGGGCUGCCAACUUCCCGCUCUUCUUUCCGAAGCCACCAAUGGACAUGGGACACGGCCUGCCACCCAUGAGCUCGCCCAAUGCCGCCGCAGCCGCUGCCUUCCGCCAUCAUCCCUUCGCGCUGGAGCUGGAGCGACAGCAGGGCGGAGAGUCGCCCCAUCAGGAGCAUCACCAGGCGAAGGCGGAACGCGGCUCCACGCCCGAAGAGAAGAAGCUCAAGUCGGAGCCACUGUUGCAGGUUUCCGAAGAGGACGACGACGAGGAGGACCUGCAGUCCAGGGACAUGAAAAUGGAGCCAGAAGAAUCGAAAAAGCAACUCAAGUCGGAGGAGCGGCUGGAGCUCAAGCGGGAGAGCUCGCCCGAUCAGCAGCAGGCUGAGGAUGAUAGGAAAUCCAUUGACAUCAUUAGCACGCCACCGCCCACGGACUCUACGACGACGGAGAAACCCACCUCGGAGCUGCCGCUCGAUCUGUCCAUUUGCCGCAAGCGUUUCCCCUCUACCUCGUACCGCAGUCAGUCGCCUGGCUCGCCGCUCAUGUUUCUGCCCGACGAGGAUGCCGAUGCAGAGCCACCGACAAAGCAGAGCCGCAAGAGCCACAGCUCCGGCGAAUCCUCCACCUCGCGGCAGUCCUACAAAGGAAGCAGCCCAACGCCCAGUGCCUCGCCAGGACCCACGCCAUCGCCAUCGCCGCCCACGAGUGCGGGUGGGGAGAUGAGCAGCAUGUCGGAGGGAGCGGUGGCAGCAGCACAGGCGGCAGCGGUGGCCGCUGGAGCGGCUGAGGCUGCCACAGCGGCGGCCAUGGCCUGUCCGCGGCCACUGCAUCCGCUGCUGCUGGAGGAGAUCUACCGAUCGCGGGCCCUGGCCGGACUCUCACAGCGCACGUUUCCUUUUUUAUGCCCAACGGGCGGACGGCCAAAUAUUGAGGCGAUGCUGACAGCAGGAGCAGCCAACGGCAACAAGGGCUGCUCGACACCCUCGACCAGGCCGCUUCCGCCCGUGAAUUUCCGCGAGGCUCUGCGCUACGCCACCAGUGCCAGUGGCCGCUCCCCGAGCGCCCUCAAGACCAAGGACCGCUACACCUGCAAGUUCUGCGGCAAGGUGUUCCCCCGCUCGGCGAACCUCACGCGCCACCUGCGCACCCACACCGGCGAGCAGCCGUACUCCUGCAAGUACUGCGACCGUGCCUUCAGCAUCUCCUCGAACCUGCAGCGCCACGUCCGCAACAUCCACAACAAGGAGCGCCCCUUCCGCUGCGAGCUGUGCGAUCGCUGCUUUGGCCAGCAAACGAAUCUCGAUCGACACGUGAAGAAGCACGAGGCGGAUGCCAAUGGCACGGGCGGUGGCUUUGGCGACUUCCGGGAUUCCCCAAGUUCCGCAGAAGCAGAGCGGGAUGAGUAUUUCGAUGAGAUUCGUACGUUCAUGAAUCGCGUCUAUACGCCGAACAGUUUGGGCGGUGCCGAUGGCGACACGGAGGAGUAUGCAGGCAGCGAUGAUCAGUUGUCCGUGUCCACGCGUCAGUCUGUCAAUUUGGACAAGGAUAACAGCAACAACAACACCAGCAACAGCAACAAUAAUAAUAACAACAGCAACACGAAGGCCAUAACAGUGAGCACUUGAAGUGGCGGAGGGGAGGAGCAGUCCAAGUUGUUGAAUUGUUAGGGCAUUGGAAAAACUUACUUUAAACUCUUACUUAAGCGUGCCUCCGAGAGGGAAUUUAAACUUUAAGCAACACAAAAUCACUUAACCAUGUAAAAUGUUUGAAGAGAAGGAAGGAGAAACUAUUCGUUAGCUAUGCAAUCAAUGGAAAAAGACGGUGAAGCAUACAGUAUAAAGGUAUAGAGUACGGACAGCUGAUAUUACGGAUUAAAAAGGGAAAGCCUCAUGUUUCAGUCAAACUUUAUACUAAACCAUAAAUAUAUAUAUGUACGAUCGAUCUAUCACCUACUAAAACCACCUUUAAUUGUAGCUAAUUGCCCCUUUGUACAUACAAUACUACAUAGAUACUAUCUCUACAUACUAUACAAUGGAAGAUCCUAACUUGAUCUUAACUAAUUGAUCUUUACGAACAUUUCGAUUGUGUAUACAAAUAUAUUUCGCUGUAAGUUUAACAUAUUUAUAGAGCUAAUUAAUGCAAUUCUCAAGCAACAACAAAACAUCCAAACACACACAAAAACAAAAUCAAU